AUGGCCGCCAAAAAGAUCCAGAAGAAUACGACGUCCAGCAAGGUGGUGAAGACCGUCAAGGACUCUUCAUCAAAGGCCAAACCUGAAAACCCUCCAGGUUCGCUUGUUGCCGCGGUUGCGACUUUCCUCAGCGACUUUGGCUAUUCAUCUGCCAGCCGUGCCCUGCUCAAAGAAGAGAAGCAGCGCAAUGGAAAGGAUCUUUCGUCUGACAAUAAGCCCGCUGCGCCUUCUCUGGUGACGCUCUUUUCCGACUGGCAAGCGUCCAAUGACAAGGAUGGAGAUGAAAAGGCUCAAUCAAGCGAUUCUUCGUCUGCGUCUAGCUCUGAUUCCGACUCCAGCUCUGAUUCUGACGAUUCCUCGGAUUCUGAGGCUGAGGCUAAAUCCGAUGUCGAAAUGGACGACGCACCAGCCGACCUGAAAAAGGAAUCUUCAAGUGAAUCCUCGUCAUCCGAUUCCUCUUCCUCGUCCGAGUCCAGUUCAGACGAAGAGUCCGAGGAAGACGCUCCUCCCGUCAAAUCGGCGGGUGUCAAGCGUAAAGCCGAGGAUGAAGAUGACGCUAAGCCUUCGUCUAAGAAGAACAAAACGGCCAAGGUCUCGAAAAAGGCAUCCACAAAGUCUUCGUCUUCGGAAACAUCAUCCUCGAGCGAGAGCUCAUCCAGUAGCUCUGAUACCGGCUCCGAUUCCGAUUCCGAUUCCGACUCUGAUUCCGACUCUGAUUCGGAUAGCUCUGAAGUUUUAGAAGAAGCUACCAAAAAGCCGCUCCCAGACUCCGACGACAGUAGUUCUGACAGUUCAAGCGAUUCCGACGAUUCUUCCUCAGAUUCCGAGGAUGAAAGCGAGAAAAAAGCAAAAACGGGAAGUGAUUCGAGCAGCACCCUAGCCUCCAGUGCUUCAGAAUCCGACAGCAAGAGCCAAAAGAAAGAAGCCAAAAGCGAAUCCUUCAACUCUGUCCCUUUACCUCCUGACCCCCAGGUCAAGAAAAAGCACACCGGAGCUCGCCCUACUCGAUUGGCUGCUGCUGGUGCUCUUCCUCAUGAUCACCCCUCGAACACUUACGUGGCAUAUGCUUAUGCCGAGCGUGCCUACAACGAUCUUUCCAUCACACGAGGAAAGGGGUUUACCAAAGAGAAGAACAAGAAGAAGCGCGGGUCUUACCGCGGAGGUCCUAUUGAUACAGGUCCAUCCCAAUAUAGCUUCAAGUUUGAGGACUAG